GCGCCUUCCCGGGCCGCGAUCUGUGCUGCUCUCGCGAGAGCUCCCCCUUUUCCUGGCCGGCGCGGAGCGAGAAAGGCCAUGUUCAGCUCUAGCGCCAAGAUUGUGAAGCCUAAUGGCGAAAAGCCAGAUGAAUUCGAGUCUGGUAUAUCCCAGGCUCUGCUGGAGUUGGAAAUGAACUCCGACUUAAAGGCUCAGCUGCGGGAGUUGAACAUCACAGCAGCUAAGGAAAUUGAAGUAGGUGGUGGCAGAAAAGCCAUCAUUAUCUUUGUACCAGUUCCUCAGCUGAAGUCCUUCCAGAAGAUUCAGGUGCGGCUAGUCCGGGAGCUGGAGAAGAAGUUUAGUGGAAAACAUGUGGUGUUCAUUGCUCAGAGAAGGAUUCUGCCCAAGCCAACAAGAAAAAGCCGCACAAAAAACAAGCAAAAGCGUCCGAGAAGCCGUACACUUACUGCAGUGCACGAUGCCAUUCUUGAGGACCUGGUCUUCCCCAGUGAAAUCGUGGGCAAGAGAAUCCGCGUGAAACUGGACGGCAGCAGGCUUAUAAAAGUCCAUCUGGACAAAGCACAACAGAACAAUGUUGAACACAAGGUGGAAACAUUUUCUGGUGUGUACAAGAAGCUCACAGGCAAAGAUGUGGUGUUUGAAUUUCCAGAAUUCCAGCUGUAAAAUGCAAAAAAUGGCUGAAUAAACAACUAUUCAUAUAA